UAAGUAUUUAAAAUUUAAAUAACUACCUUAAAUACUUAAUUAUAUAUAAAUAAAUAUAUAUUUCUUAUGUUUUACUUUUAAAUUUUAGAUUUUAUUUCGGGUAUAUCCGAACCGAUCCGAUAUAACCUGAAUCCGAAUGAUAUAUGAUUACUUUAUGGGUUCUAUGAUGUGAUACAAAACCGACCCGAACCCGAUGUGUUAUAUCCGAACCCGACCCGUACUUGAAAAUUUACUAGAAUGGGACCUAGGAGAUGUUAUAAAAGAGAACCGAAAUCCGAAAACCCGACCCGAACGCCAACAGAGUCUGAACAAUCAUACUGAAUCCAAAUUUACGUUCAUUAUAUUUUUCUAUAUUUAUUAUGUUUCUGUAAUCAUUACUAUUUUGUUAUAAUUAAUUAAACUUCAAUCACAAAUUUCAAUGGGAUUUUAGCAGCUUAUAAUUUAUAAACAUUUUUUUAGGUAAAAAACAUAAUGAAUACAUAAAAAAAAAACAAGUUAACAACCCCUAAAACUAUUAUCCAUCAAUUUAUUCUCGCAUCUCAACCACAACAUACACAAUAUUAAUAAAUUCUCACUUAUAUAAAAAUAAUCAUUUACAAUAAAUAUGAAAUGCACCACAUAGGUUAUUAUGUAAUAAUAACUUACAGUACAACAUGAAAUCUCAGCAAAAACUGAUGUAAUGUCACCCGAAGGAAAAAAAAAAAAGAAAACCUAACUAAUUAUCAAAAUAGCAAGACUUCAAAAAAAAAAGAAAAACAAGUACAAAAUCUAACAACUAUUUUUUUAAUUAAUAAAAAUAUUUAUAGUUAUUUACUCAAACUAUUUCAAUUAAUUUCGAAUAUUCAUCCCGUCCUUAGGGCUGUAUAUAUAUAUACCAUUAAGACCUAAGACGGAACAUAAAGAGAAAGGAGGCAGCUAGAAGCAACUGUGCGCGAGAGAGAAGAAACUAGGUUUUUGAAUCUUUUUGUGUUCUUUGGUUUUAACUUUAAUUUUGUACGAUAUGGACAAAAUCAGUCGACUGCCGGAUGAAUUAUUGGUGAAGAUACUAUCGUUUCUUCCAACAAAAGUUGCUGUCUCCACUAGCAUCUUGUCCAAACAAUGGGACUUUCUCUGGAUGUGGUUACCUAAACUCGACUACAGUACUAGAAAGUAUUCAGAGUCAGAAUGCACGAGGUUACGGCGUUUUCUUAACAAGAAUCUGCCAUUACACAGAGCUCCGAUUAUAGAAAGCUUCAGCCUCGAUUUUCUUGCUUCACAAUUCAAACCCGUGACAAUUAGAUCAUGGCUUCUAACCGCAGUUUCACGCAACCUACGAGAGGUGGAGGUUUCUCAUGGUUGUAAUAAUAAGGUGCUCAACAUGUUGCCAAGUAGCUUGUAUACUUGUAAAUCACUCGUGUCCUUGAAACUCAAUGGAAGAAGGCUUCUAGUGGAUGUUCCUCGUAUGGUUUCUCUCCCUUGUCUGAAAACUUUUCUGCUUCAAGAUGUGAAGUACAAGAAUGAAGAUUCUCUUCAGCGGCUUCUAUCUAAUUGCCCUGUUCUUGAAGAUCUAGUGGUGGAAGGAUGCAAAGGUGACAAUAUGGUAAAGUUCAUUGUUAUCGUCCCCUCGUUGCAACGUUUAACAGUCAAUAUACUUGAGGAUCUAGAUGAGUUUGUGAUGGAUACUCCUUUGAAAUACUUCAAACUUGACUACUAUAAUUACAAGAAUCACCACUGUUUGAUUGAGCGUAUGCCUAAGCUGGAGGAGGCAUAUGUAGAACUUAGCUUUAAUCCUGUUUAUAUUGAUAGGUUUAUCGGAUCAAUCACUUCUGUCAAACGUCUGACGUUAUGCAUAGAUGAUGUGUAUGGUGAUGGUUUUGUCUUCGACCAGCUUGAACAUCUGCAACUAUGCACAUGCGAUGAACAACAUACGUCGGGUGCGGUGAUUGUCCGGUUGCUCAAAGAUUCACCUAACUUACGAGUACUAGACUUAUUCAAAAUGGAAUAUCAUAACCCUAUUGGUCUGUAUACUUGGAAUCAACCAAGUACUGUUCCGGAAUGUAUUUUGUCGAGUCUACAAACUUUCAAGUGUUCAGGAUACUCGGGAAGACCAGGAGAAAGAGAUCUUUUGAUUUAUAUAUUAAAAAAUGCUAAUCACUUGAAGACUGCAACAAUCUGGUUUCCGACGGUUGACAUGAAAAAAGAGUUGGUUCUUUCUUCUCGAGCUUCAAACGCAUGCCAACUUGUAUUUGAUUGAGGAUAGGAUCUAUACACCUUUUUGUUUUUGGUUAGGUUUUGUCUCUCUUAUUAUACUCUUGUUUUCUAUAUAAAGGAUGAGUAUUACACUGAAAAUAAUAUAUAUAUAUAUAUAUAUAUAUUCCAUUAUUUCCGACUAACCUUUAUAUACAUAUAUAUUUUUACUAACCUACAUUAACUAUUUAUCUAAUCUUAUUUAAGUUUAUUCUAACAAAUAUAUUAUUGAGAUAAGGUUGAUGAUUUGUACCAUAAUUAAUAGCAUAUUUCUUUAGCUAUUAAAAAAAAUAUUCAAAUUACUAUUUCUAAGAAAACAAACCAAUAUAUAUAUCCGACUCUCAUGAUAAAAUUAAUAUUAUAAAGAUCCAAAUUUUUUUUUUUAAUACACAUCCUUAAACCAAAGAAACAUUAUAUAAGGAAAUCAAA